ACCGGCAGAAAAAAAGGGCCACUCACUAACGAGAGGGUGAUGCGCGAGUAAAGCGACCAGACCCCAUGUGGACAGGGGGAGGAGAGAGCGCAGAGGACGCGCGCGAAGGCUGAACGCCCAGGCUGUCCGACCGAAAGCCCGGGCCGUGGGGGUGCGCGGGCGCGGGCGGCGCCAGACACUUGCGGUCCGAGGGCAGGUCCGGGGGCAAGCGUGCCCCUGUCCGCAGCCACCCGCGAUGAGCGAGGCGAGCCGGGUGUGCUCGGGCUACUACAGCCUCAACCACAGCUUCGUGGAGCCCUUCGAGUGCCCCCGGAGCGGGGAGGGGGCCACCCUGCUCUACUGCUGCGGCUUCGCCGACCUCAAGUACUGCUGCAGCGAGCCGGGCAGCUACUUCCCCUACAAGCACAGCUAUAUGUGGAGCCUCAGCAUCGGUGCCCUGGUUGGACUGGGAACUGCUGCCCUUGUUCUGCUUGCCUUUGUCGUCAGCGUCUGUGUCCUCUGCUACUUAUUUCUGUCUACAAAGCCUCGAAAGUUAGACACUGGCCUUAAACUUCAGCACCUCGAGGCUUCUUCCACUCAUGAAGGCAACCCAAACAGGAAAACCAAAGCCCCCAAUUCAAACGCAGCAUCAAAUUCAACAAUUGAAACAUCUGAUGAAGCUGAUGAUAUAAUUCAAGAUCCAAAAAUGGAUACAACACAAAUCAAAACUGUAUAUUAUUAAAAAACCUGUGUUGCAAAAGCUCACUGGAGAGAUGGAGCAAUACAAAUAAAGAAUGCAUUUCAAAUAGAGUUUGUAAUUGUACUUUUCAAAAAUUCACCAUUCACAAAGCAAGACACAGCUGCAUUUUUGAUCAUUCAAUUAGUUUAUUAAAAACCCACUAAGGUUUCUGAUCAUGCUGCAGAAGUUUACUUUUAUUUGCUAAUUAAGAUGUUUCUGUAUUACAUGAAAUUAUGCUAAUACGUCAGGAGAAAUUAAAGAACUUAUCAAUAACACAGACAAGCGAACCUACACCAGUGCGGAACAAUUAGAGAUUUGUCACAUUACCAACAUUACACAAUUCUUUUGAUACUUAGAGGCAGUUCUUUUUACGAGAUGGCACUGGAUAGGUAAAUCUCAGGGGGGAUGGUCUUAUAAAACAGAGGUGGCAAGUUAAGUCUCUUAGAGAUCAACCCCUACCUUUUUUUCAGGGCUUGCUGGGUACAAAAUGAAUGUACUGUCUUUAUAAAACCUAACAUUCAAUAACAAAAUAGGUCACAAUGCAUAAUCUGCAUAAUAAAUAUUUUCUGCAUACCAAGGGAUAACCAUAACAAAAAUCCUUCACUGAUAAAGUUCCUACAGAACUUCUAAAAUUAAAGUUAUAAAAAAAUAAGUUCUCUAGUCCCACCUAAGGCUAUUAUUGCAUUAAUACCACUUAAGACACCUAGAAAUAAAACUACGGUUUCUGCACAUUAUAAUUGUCUUAAAAGAUUUUUAUUCCUAAGUACGACUUCUAUUACAAGAACACAGACCUUGUUUUCUAAUGGAAUUCACUAGGAAAAAAGGAUUAAUUUUAAAAGCUGGCUCUUCCCAAAACAUCCACUGUGUUGUAUAAAAUUACUGUAGUUGAAAGACUAGCCUUUCAAAAUGUGUCAAAUACGGCUUCUCUGGUCUGAGAGAAAAAAAAAAAA